AUGUCCUAGUUCUUUUCAAAUUGCACGUACUACUACUACUGCUAAUACAGUUUUGCGUAGAGCAAAAGGAAUCCUCCUUAAAACCCCAUGAGUGUCAUAGCAUCAACAUUGGGAACUGUGAAAUACUUUAGAGGUACUUUAAUAAAUUUCAUGAAAUUUUAUUUCCAUUUUUAACCACUCUGUGAAAACAAGAAUCAGUUUUGUUCUUCAAAACCAAACGUCUUUACUUAUUAUAGUGUCUUUUCAUAUUUUCUCUUAUUCAUUUAGUCCAAAAAACAACAGGCAAAUCUUGUGGUUUUAGUUUUUUUCCUUAUUUGUUCUUCCUUUUUUUAAGAUAAAAAAUAAAUAAAUAAAUAAAUAGCACCUUCAUGUCUCUGCAGUCCCUUUAUGAAUAACCCUUAUGGUGUGUUACAUAUUCUUGUCGUAGAAAUUUGGUAAGAUUAAAAAGAUUAGAUUUUUCUCGUCCAAAAGAAAAAUAGAUUUGAGUAGAAUCUUUUGCCCCAUUUUGGUGUGAUUGAAAUUGAGUUUGUGAAUAUGGGGAUCUUUGAGCAUGGCAAAGACAACAAGCCUUUAUCAAUAAAAAUACUUCAGUUUCUGUUGUUGUUUUUAGGUCUAGGAAUUGUUUUUUCAGUUUUAAGUAUGUUUAUGCUUAGAUUUUCAGAAGUGAAGAAUGUAAUCCCUGUGGUACAAUCAAGAAUGCAACCAUGUUUUCAAGAAUUAAAUAGUUUAGAGAAUUGGAUUAGGCCGUCAUUAAACGUGCAUCAUUCUAUGAAUGAUGCUGAGCUGUUUUGGCGAGCUUCGUUUGUUCCUCAAGUGAAACAUUUUCCUUUUAAGAGAAGGGCUAAGAUCGCGUUCAUGUUCUUGACGCGAGGGCCUUUGCCUUUGGCGCCUUUAUGGGACAGGUUUUUCGCGGGGAAUGAAGAGCUUUAUUCAAUUUACAUUCAUAAUUUGCCAUCCUAUCAAUCUGAUUUCCCAAGUUCAUCAGUGUUUUAUGGCAGGCAAAUUCCUAGUCAGGUGGCAGAGUGGGGAAAGAUUAGCAUCAUUGAUGCUGAAAGGCGGCUUCUUGCUAAUGCAUUGCUUGAUAUAUCGAACGAAUGGUUUGUACUCCUAUCUGAGUCAUGCAUUCCUCUCCACAACUUCAGCGUUGUCUAUCGCUACAUAUCAGAAUCCAGGUACAGCUUUGUGAGUUCAUUUGAUGAUCCUAGAUCUGUUGGAAGAGGGCGGUACAAUCAGAAGAUGUUACCUGAGAUUAAAAUCACUCAAUGGCGUAAAGGAUCCCAGUGGUUUGAAGUUGACAGGAAACUAGCUAUUGACAUUAUUAAAGACGAGCUAUACUACCCCAAAUUUAAACAUUUCUGCAAACCAUCGUGCUAUGUCGAUGAGCACUAUUUCCCAACAAUGCUGCACAUCCAAUCUCCUCAUCUCCUGGCAAAUACGAGUCUCACUUGGGUAGACUGGUCUAGAGGCGGUGCUCAUCCUGCUACAUUUGGAAAGGCUGAUGUUACAGAUCAUUUUCUCAAGAGACUUUCGGAAGACCAGAGGUCGUGUGUCAACAAUAACCAGACGACUUCACAUUGUACUCUUUUUGCUCGAAAAUUUUCUCCUAGUACAUUAGAUCCGUUACUAAAACUCUCGUCCAAGUAUCUGGGCUUCUGAAGUUCCAUUACUUAGUGAUCUGAUAUAUUCAAGUAUGACAACAAGCCUUCUGCCACAUUAUUGCUGUUAUUCGGAGUCUACAGAAUAUUAAAGGCCCGAUGAAAUGAUUAACAUUGCCCAUGUUAUACUAAAGAUAUAUCGAUCGAUAUUCCUGAUUAUGAUACAAUAUUAGAUGAAAACCCAGUAUUUCAUAUUUGAGUUGGAUGUCUUCUGUACUGGCAUGUGUAAGCUUUCCGACAUCUAUCACAAUUAAGAUACUCUAUUUGCAGUA